AUGAAGGUUGCACUAUUUCUCUCCGCUCUCUUCUCCGCCCAGGUCUUGGCGAUCCCUGAGCCCGACAACACGGUUGUCAAGGACGGUGAAUACACUUACACUGGCAUCGAUAAGGGACUUCUAUCCCUCCGCGGUCUCGAAAAGCGCUGCAAUUGCUUCCCAGAAUGCCGCAGGCCGGCCUCCAACUGCAGUCCAGGCAAAUGUGAAUGCUCUGGGGACUAUGGAUGCUGGUCAUGCAGUGGUGGUCGCAUGCAGUGCCAGCCAGGACCUGGCUCAGGAGUUUGCUGGACGAAGUAG